AUGGAGCUGGUCAACGCCCCCCCCCCUGUAGGCGAGCCCAACAAUACAGAGAACGGAUGGCCUCAGAAGACCCACAACUAUGGCCUGAAGAAGAGGGGCAGAUUUGGCCAUACUCAGGACAUACUGAAGGAACGAUUGCGCCCGUCGGGAGGUGUCUAUCCAGAGACUGUGCUUCCAGGGAAUGGAACAGAGUUGGUCUGGAACCGGCCUCGUUGCGGCGUUCCAGACUAUCCUACUCAGAAGCAAGGUGGUGUCUCGGACUACCACAUGCGGAAGGGGGAAACCUUUGGAGGAAAGCAGCGUCAGAAGCGAUUCGUUCUCUUUGGGGGGCGCUGGGACAAGACUGACCUCAUCUACAAGAUUAUGCGCUUCCCUUGGCAACUGAGUAAGGAGAAAGUGCGUCGAAUCCUACAGGAGGCGCUGCUUGUGUGGAGUGACGUCACGCCCCUGAAGUUCACCGAGGUCAGCAGUGGGAGAGCUGAUAUCAUCAUCGACUUCACCAGGUACUGGCAUGGUGACAACCUGCCCUUUGAUGGUCCUGGAGGCAUUCUGGCUCAUGCCUUUUUUCCCAGAACUCACCGGGCAGGCGACAUCCACUUUGACUAUGACGAGAGUUGGACUGUGGGCAACAGCAUGGGCACGGACCUCUUGCAGGUGGCGGCCCAUGAGUUUGGCCACGUUCUCGGCCUCCAGCACUCCCUGGUCGACCGAGCCGUCAUGUCUCCCUUCUACAGCUUCUCAUACCCGUUGGAGCUGAGUGACGAUGACAAGCAGGGCAUCCAAUACCUGUACGGCCCACCGCGGAAAGCCACGCCUGUCAUUACAGAGACCAAUGAGAUCGAAACCACUGUGCCGGACCCCUGCAGGACUAACUUUGAUGCAGUGUCCAUGAUCAGAGGUGAGCUGUUCUUCUUCAAGUCCUGCUAUGUGUGGCGUAUCCGCGACGGCCGACUGCAGGCGGGGUACCCGGCGCUAGCAACGCGCCACUGGAGGGGGAUCCCCAAUAACAUUGAUGCGGCCUACGAAGACAAGACUGGAAACAGCUGGUUCUUCCAAGGUGACAGUUACUGGGUGUUUGACGCAGAGAGGAAGAUCACAGGGCCGGACUCGUUGAGUCGGCUGGGCCUCCACGUGUCGGACAUCCAGGCAGCCCUCAUGUGGGGCGAGGACAAGGCCCAGAAGACUUACCUCUUCAAGUCGGGCACCUACUGGCGCUUCAGCCCCCUGGAGAACCGGGUGGAUACAGCCCACCCACGCAGCAUGCAGGAUUGGGGGGGCAUCCCCAUGGACAUCGACGCUGCCUUCCAGGACCAAUAUGGAUAUGCUCAUUUCCUGAGUGGGAUGCAGUAUUGGAAGUUUGACCCGGUGGAGGUGACGGUUUUGGAAGGAUACCCACGCUAUAUCGGCAUGGACUUCUUUGGCUGCCCGCUUCCUAUUAUCAAUAAAGCCCAGGAAGAGUCCAUAUCGCCCGAAGAGGUGAAUGGAAUAUCACGGCCAAAUUAAUUAGUUUGCUCUUAAGACUGAUGUCAUUACAAUGGGACUUUAGACUGAUAUAAUUAUAUAAUUGCGUAACAUCAGUAGGUUGAAUGCAGCUAUUAGUCAAUUAGAGGUGAGGACUUGGUUGAAACUUUCAUUAUGAACCCAGUCUGAGGUCCGUGGCUGUCUGAAGACCACUAGAAAUUGAGGUCAUAUUUUAACAGAUGAAUUGGGUAUAUUUCGUUCUAUCAUCAUCCACAAUAUGAUAUUUUCUGGUGUAAAAUCAAUGCACAGGCUUUCAGAGAUACGUUAAAGAGCACACGGCCAGCUCUGCUGAAUAUAUAUAUUUCUACAUGAUGUAUAGCCUUGAUUCUUAUUUAUUGUUGUUCAUUUGUUG